ACUCAUUUUCUCAGUGUGAGUCAUGUGUUAACCUAUUUCUUGUUCAUUUGGAGUGGUAUUAUUUUUUUUUCUUGGUCGUGAUGCCGGAACCCGCAAAAGCGGCUCCUAAGAAAGGCUCGAAGAAAGCCGUGACUAAAACGGCGGCCGGUAAAGGCGGUAAAAAGCGCAAGAAGACGCGCAAGGAGAGCUACGCCAUCUAUGUGUACAAAGUGCUGAAGCAGGUCCAUCCGGACACGGGCAUCUCUUCCAAGGCCAUGAGCAUCAUGAACUCUUUCGUGAACGACAUUUUCGAGCGGAUCGCCGGCGAGUCGUCGCGUCUCGCGCACUACAACAAGCGCUCGACCAUCACGUCGCGCGAGAUUCAGACCGCCGUGCGCCUACUGCUUCCGGGGGAGCUCGCCAAGCACGCCGUGUCCGAGGGCACCAAGGCUGUGACCAAGUACACCAGCUCCAAGUGAACACACACACACA